AUUAGACUCUUCAGAAGCUAAUAGACUAGAGCAGAAUCCAGAAGACCAUACAUCAGAAGGGAGGGAAUCUACAAUGGAAGAACACAAGGACAAUCAGCUAGACUAUGAUCUUGCUCUCUCCUUCAGCUCCUAUCCAUCUGUCCUCCACUGUACUCUGCCCCAAACACCCCUUGGCCUCCUGAAGUGACAGCAAUUGCAAAGCCCCCAUCCAAGCCAGACCUUCAAGGUCAGAGAAAGUGGAAAUCUUAAGACUGGUCCAGUCAAAGAGGAACAUUAACAGUUUGAACAUGGACCUUGAAAGGGAUAUGCAGAGAAUAGAUGAAGCAAAUCAGGAACUUCUUCUCAAAAUCCAAGGGAAAGAAAAUGAGAUUCAGAGGAUGGAAGGUGAGAUUGCUCACACCAGAGACUUGGCUGAAGAUGAAGAAUGGGAAAAGGAGAACCACACCAUGAUAGAGAGGGAAAAAGCCUUGCAGGAGCUGGAAGAAGAGACAGCCAGACUUGAUAGGAAGAAUGAGACUCUGGUCCACAGUAUAGAAGAACUUCAAAGAAAGCUUACAAGGAAAUCACACAAGGCAACCAAGUGUGAACAAGAAGAUCUAAAAAGAACCCCAGAAGAGUCAAAGGCUAAGAUAAAACAGCUGGAAGCUUCCUGUGCAGACCAAGAGCAAAAGCUGACCAAGGUAAUGGAAGACUAUACAUUUGUGGCACAGCUCUGUGAAGAUCAGGCCCUCUGCAUAAAGAAGUACCAGGAAACUCUGAGGAAAAUGGAAGAAGAACUAGAGACUCGGUUCCUUGAGAGAGAAGUAUCAAAAGUCUUGAGCAUGAAUUCUGCAAGAAAAAAGUUUAACAGCCAAAAUAAUAAGGAUGAUUCUCUCCAAAACAAGGGAACUUGGUUCUGUAAAAGGUUUUUUCAAUAUGUCUUUUCCACCACCCUAUUUUUCAUCAGACUGCUGGGCUACUUGUUUUUCCACAUAUGUUUUAUAAAUCCAGAUCUCCUUAUCAACACACUGCCCAAGAUAUUGAGCAGGGGCAUUCUGUGGAAGCUAAGAUGCUUCCUCUUUCCAUCUCUCACACUUGAGACAGAGGACAUGUUACCCCACUGAUACAUAAGAAAUAACCUUGAGCAAAAGAAGACAAGUGGUGUCUGAGUCUGUAGACUAAGAGACGGCGGAAUUUGCGGAGGGAAGAGGUUUCCUUCAGCUUUUCCCUUCAGGUCUGUCUACUUGAUUAUCUUCCAUCUCCAGUUGUCUUUCCAAGAUUGAUCUUGCCCAGUAGAAAGCUCUGUCAACAGAUUUCUAGGACUACAGGAUAAGCUAAAUAGCACCAGACAGUAAACAAACUAGACUACUUGGGAAACAAUGUCAUAGAUGCUCAGCAAAGUUAGAAUUGAUAUAUUCUUCUAGAAAAUCUUUAAAAUCUGAGAGACUGGAUCCCUGCAAUGCAGAAGAUUGCUCACUACUUAUAUUAGAACUCUUUGGUUAUAAGUGACCUUAACUUAAGCUAAUUUGUAAAUUCGCAGAAAUAAAGG